AUGUACAUCCAAAUAAUAAAGAUUUUUAUGCUCAUUGUGGGAUUUGAAGGAAGCGCCAACAAACUAGGCAUUGGCAUAGUUAGAGGCGAGACCAUUUUAGCGAACGAAAGAGAGACGUACAUACCCCCGCAGGGCCAGGGAUUCAAAAUAACAGAGGCUGCAUCGCACCACCAAGCGCACAUUAUGCCGCUCUUUAAGCGCGCGCUAGAGAAAGCCAACGUAAAGGUGGGAGAGAUAGAGUAUCUGGCAUACACUGCAGGGCCUGGCAUUGGGCCGUGUCUGCAGAUAGUUGCAGUCUUUGUGAAGGUGCUAGCAGAGAUGUACGACAUUCCAGUGGUGCCCGUGAACCACUGCGUAGCCCACAUAGAAAUGGGGCGAUUUAUUACGCAGUCGGACAAUCCGACAAUUUUGUAUGUGAGCGGGGGAAAUACACAGAUCAUCGCAUACCACGACAAGAAGUACAGGGUGUAUGGAGAGACUCUCGACAUAGCAAUAGGAAACUGCCUGGACCGGCUGGCUCGGGAGCUAGACAUACCAAACGACCCGUCCCCCGGAUACAACAUAGAAAAGCUUGCUAAGAAUGGGACGAACUACAUAAAACUGCCGUACACCAUAAAGGGAAUGGAUGUUUCUUUUUCGGGAAUAUUUACGUACAUAAAACAGUAUCUGCAAGACUAUCCGCUGACAGAGAGCCUGAAGGCAGACAUCUGCUAUUCUGUGCAGGAGACUGCGUUUGCCAUGCUGGUAGAGGUUUCUGAAAGGGCCAUGGCGUGCACGGGCUCGAAUGAGAUACUGGUUGUAGGCGGCGUGGGGUGCAACAAAAGGCUGCAAGAGAUGGCAACAGCGAUGGCAGUGCAGAGAAGCGGAAAGGGAUACAGCGCAGAUGAAAGGUACUGCAUAGACAAUGGGCUCAUGAUUGCGCACACCGCGUACAAGAUGCUUUUGGGAGGGUAUGAGUGCAAGGACAGAGAAUGCAAGGUUACACAGCGAUAUAGAACAGACACAGUUGAUGUAACCUGGCGCGAGUAG